CUAUAGUUAAUUGUACAGUUAUGCUAAUGUAUAUGUGAAUAUUUAUAUAUCUGUAUAAGGGCAGCUCACAACAUGAGGCUGGGAUUGGAGCUCUAACUUCUCUCUACAUGGAGUUUGCAUGUUCUGCCCGUGUAACUGUGGGUUUCUUCCAGAUGGGUCCGCUUUCUCUCACAGUCUAAAGAUAUGCAGCAGAGAUGAACUGGUGUGUUAAUGUGGCUUGUGUGCGUGUGACACCAGGUGUUCUUCCUGCCCUGUGCUCGAUGUCUGCUGGAAUUGGCUCCAGCGGCCCAACAAACCUGCCUUGAUUCAAGAAAAAGAAAAAGCUGCUGUUUGCUGGAACAUCUCAGUAGAUGUGAAACAGGACACCUGUGAUGUGGACGCAAAUAUCAUGGAGAAAACUGUGAAUAUUAAGGAGGAGGACUGUGAGUGGGAGUCCAUCUACCUUAAACAGGAAAGUCUGAGCAUCAAGGAGGAGGACAGUGAACUGCAGCCAGUGGGCAUUAAAGAAGAACAUGAAGAGAAAUCUGUCAGUAUUGAGACACAUAUCCAUACAAAGCUGGACAGUGUAAAAGAAGACAACCGUCAUGAUGGGUGUCAAGAUGGAGUGGUGACCAGGUUAGACUCUUCUCAAAGCAGACACUAUUCCUCUCCAGAUCCUUCUAUCAAUGUGAAGUCUGAAUCAUUAGAGUCUGAACCAAAGAGGGCUGAGGAAACUACAUCUGUUAGAUCUCAGAAAAAUAAGCGACCACCUUCAAAGAAGUCUGGAAAAAGAAAGAAAGAUCACUGCUGUGUGGAAUGUGGCAGAGAAUUCCCUAAAAAGAGUGCUCUUCAGAAACACAUGAGAGAUCACACGGAAGAGAAGCCAUAUUGCUGUAAAGAAUGUGGUAAACAGUUUUCACUAAAAGGCAAUCUGAAGUUCCACACUAGAGUUCACACCGGAGAGAAGCCAUAUUGCUGUAAUGAAUAUGGCAAACAGUUUUCACAUAUGAGCAAACUGAAGGACCACACUAGAGUUCACACUGGAGAGAAGCCAUAUUGCUGUAAUCAAUGUGGUAAACAGUUUUCACGUAUAAGCAGUCUGAAGAACCACACUAGAGUUCACACGGGAGAGAAGCCAUAUUGCUGUAAAGAAUGUGGUAAACAGUUUUCACAAAAAGGCAAACUGAAGGACCACACUAGAGUUCACACUGGAGAGAAGCCAUAUUGCUGUAGUGAAUGUGGUGAACAGUUUUCACGAAAAGACAAUCUUCAGAAACACACGAGAAUUCACACUGGAGAGAAGCCAUAUUGCUGUCGUGAAUGUGGCAAACAGUUUUUAGACAUGCGCGAUCUUCAGAGACACACAAGAGUUCACACCGGAGAGAAGCCAUAUUGCUGUAAUCAAUGUGGUAAACAGUUUUCACGGAGCAUCAUUCUUCAGAGACACACAAGAGUUCACAACAGAAUAAAAACAGUAGCAGUUCAAAAAUCAGUCCAGAAAAACCAAGAACCCUUCAGGACUUAAGAAUGAGGUUCAGUCAUGUCCUGAAAAGUAAGCAAACUAAACUAUUGUUAAGAAAUGAAUCUCAAAGAGAAGCCAUAUUGCUGUUUGGAACGUGGCAAACAAAUCUGUCACAGCAGUACACUUCUGAGACGCACCAGAAUUCCCACCGGAGAGAAGUACAACUGAACUGUCCUGACUAAAGAGUGAGGUUCACUCCUGCCUGUACAGUAAGCACAUGUACCUGACACAAAUCCAUCCUACUUAGUGUUGUGUCAAAAA